AUGAGUGAAUUACAGGAUGAAACACAAGGGACGCACACUGACAUGAUUAGUAGUGCUAGAGAGCAAAGUUGCCAAGUUUGCAGAAGUGUAUCUACACUAGGUGCUGAAAAAACGAUAGGGUUAAAACUGAGUGAGCAAUGGGUUUUAGGAACUCAAGCAAAGUUAAAUAGACCGUUUUAUGAGUUUGAGACAGAAAUUGAUCUCCAAAUUAAAAAUGGUUUGGAUAUGGGCCGAAUAUUACAUUCAAACGUUGCUUGCUCUAAUAUAGUGAUUCAUAUUUCUGACCACUUGAGAUGA